UAACAGCAGUGCAUUUCUUAGACCGUGGGUUACCACAAUUUGGCACGCUGCCGGUGCCCCUCAUCUUCACUUGGGUACGAGCUACGGCGUUUUCAUAGCAGAAGAGAUCAUCAAAAAAGGCAGAGUCUGCGGACGAAACACAAACCAUCCUUUCUGCCAGGUGUCACUAUAGACUACGAAACGUGUAUCUACAGCUGUUCGCAGCUUGACUACACUGUUGGCACGAAAGGUUAUGGAUGAACACGAUAAGGCAGACUUAGAAUCCACCUAUUUGAGGGACAGUUAAAAGUUCUUUUGUAUUCAGUAGCAGUAUAUGUCCUGACAUCGUUGGAUAUUCAGAUCCUCGUUUCAAUGGUGGUACUAUAAUCAUGGGAAGAGCUGGUUGCAGAUUAUAUUCAGUGUAUAUUUACAUAUGAAGCCGACCUUGGCUUCUUCACCAAGAAACGCCUGUUGCUUUACGGUGGCGUUAUAUAAAAAUCUCACUUUGCAGCUGUUUGUUAACAAUUAUAGGAUUACAUAGUGGCAAGACAUGGGGAAUAAGCCUGUCCUCGUCAGGCUACACCUUUAAUUAACCGUUGUAAUUGGUUUUGACGGUUUAGAUAGUGAGACAAUAGUGUUAUCAUACUCAGUGGUGGAGUUAAAGUAAAUAGUACGUAUUUCGGAUUUCGAAUUCCAUAACAUAAGGCGAUACUAGGAAAAUUAUCUGUACCGUUUAUCCUGUGGAGGGUGCGUUUGCCGCAACCCUUAUUUUGAAGGGUAUAUGGAUUCAGACCGAACACGUGCUGGACACAGGACUGCCUUCCCAAGUUGGAACGGAUGUAAAAGACGGAACGACACCAAAUUCACGGCUGAAUUCAUGUGUUUGCAAUCUGAUAUCUUCAUUCCUUUUACCAAAACAUGGUGCAAAAUUAUUCCAUGGAUAUUAUUGACUCUGGGUAUUUUUUUAACUGUGACUUAUAGAUACGCUCAAAUACCACCGAGAACGAUAGAGGUAGUCGGGAAGUUUCCACCCAAGUUUCUGGAAAGAGGUGCCUUACAAAAUGGAACUGUAUUUGAUAAUUCUAGUAUAUUUGAGCUGGAACCUCAAGAUUUUAUACCAAACUUAAAAAAUCCUUGCUGGUGGAAAUCAACCGACAAACGGCAGCUCAGAUGUCUUCCUUAUUUUUACCUGAUUGGGAUGCCGAAAUGCGGAACAACUGAUCUCUACCGACGCCUUAUCUCUCACCCCAGUGUUAUUAGCUCCAAAAAAGAGCCUCACUGGUGGACUCGGUUACGAUACAAAGAUAGACAUGGUGUUGGUGUUCCCUUCGAGCGCUACGUAAACACGUUUUCUUUGCCGAGUAACGUCAUUAGACAGGCACUGGUUGGCAAACAGAGACUGAACAGAUAUAACUUGGCGAACCAAAUUAUAACAGUUGACGCUAGCGCAUCUACCAUGUGGGAUAACGUUGGGUGGGAGCGCAGGCCAGGGAACGACCCUAGCAAGUCAGAGCCAGACAUUAUAGUAGCGCACCGUAUACGCCAUAUUCAGCCAAAUGCUAAAUUUAUUGCCAUAUUCAGAGAUCCAGUGGAAAGGCUUUAUUCAGAUUUCCUGUUUUUUGGAAAGGAUGGCCUUUCACCAGAUUUAUUCCAUAAGUACGUGGUUCAAGCAAUAGGUAUCUUCAAAAAAUGCACUGAACACCUAUCUCUCAGAAGUUGUGCGUACGACUCCAAAUUUAAUAUGGACGACUUGCCUGUGCGCCUGCGGGUAGGUCUUUAUCACAUCUACGUCAAGGACUGGUUCAGUGUUUUUCCCAAGAAACAAAUGCUGUUCCUUCAACUAGACAACUAUCAUCAAAAUUUAAGAGGAAAUAUAGAAAAAAUUUUCAAAUUUUUAAACCUACUUCCAUUACACGAAGAUCAAAUGAAGAUCAUUAUAAAGCAGGACAUACAUAAUACCAGAAAAGAAAGCACUGUCAAACUUGGCGAUAUGUGGAAUAAAACAAGACAGAUGCUUAGACAAUUCUAUGCUCCGCAUAACCGAGAACUUGCUCAGCUUCUUAACAACGACGCAUAUCUUUCGUGGGAUGCUCAGCAUCCGUCUAUUGUAGAAUAGGAGAUGGAGGUGAUUUUGUAAUAGUUUACAGUUUUGGCCUCAGGGUCUUUUUUUACCCAGGCGUCCUCACACCUCGCUCAGAAUACUGUUCUCAGUAGGUCAUAGGUCUAUCCGCCCCACUCAACGCACCAAUGUAUUGCAACAAAAUGUACUUUCAUCACAGAGGCCAUUGAUAUGGUGUCCGAAGUUUUGUAAAUAUAGAUGGUGCAACAUUGGCUUUAUUAUGAAAAGGCAUCAUUUUAAAUGACAGAAUACAGUCAAUCCCUAGAUUGUUUGCUGCAUUAGGACAACUAUUUCUACGCAUUUUAAAGUUUUGAACAAUAUGGCACAAACGGUCACUGGUAGAAUCGGUAGGUCCAACUUUUUCGUCGUGCUGCUCGGGUACAUGUAGAACGAUCACAUUCACCCAAGUUGAAUAUCAUGCAUCAGCAUAUUGUUAUGGCAUAUGUUGUCAUCGCCACUUGCAGUUUUUUUUUUCUUAUGUAUUGGGGGAUUGCAUUUUGUAUUAUCAUAAUAUGAAUUUAAAGAACAUUAUGUAUCAACUUGGGGUGCUUCUUGAGGCAAACUCUCCCUUUGAUACUUCCUGGGUUUUUCUCAUAUUGGGAAAUUACUUUUCAUAUUUACAGUAAAUUAUGGAUAAAAGAAUAUAAUGUAUCAAUUUGUGGUAAAUUUUGUGGCAGAUUCUAUCAUUGAUACUUGCAGGGAUUUUCUCAUAUUGGGAAAGUGUUUUUAUACUUACAAUAAAUGGA